AUGACCAAAUCAAGUCCUUUCAUUACUCCAGAAAACUUAGAUACGUUUGAAACAUCAACAUCAGAUUUGGUCAAUAAUAAAUCUAAUGCUACUCCAUCAAGAAUAAUUAAAGAUAUUUUAGCUGGUACAUCGGGUGGUAUCGCUCAAGUUCUGGUGGGUCAGCCGUUUGAUACUACAAAAGUUCGUCUACAAACAUCCAAAUCUGGUACUACAUUACUUGAUGUGGUCCGUUCUCUUAUAAAAAAUGAGGGGCCUCUAGCAUUUUAUAAAGGUACUUUGACUCCAUUGGUUGGUGUUGGUAUUUGUGUAUCUGUGCAGUUUGGUGUCAACGAGGCUAUGAAAAGAUUCUUUCAUCAUAGAAAUCAUGGGUUACCGAUCACUCUGCCACAAUACUAUCUCUGUGGUAUGACCGGUGGUCUUGUUAAUUCAUUUCUUUCGUCUCCUAUUGAACACGUUAGAAUCAGAUUGCAAACACAGAAAAGCAAUGGUCUAGACAGAGAGUUUAAAGGUCCUUUAGAUUGUAUCAGCAAGUUGAUAAAACAACGUAGUUUAAUGAGAGGACUACCUGUGAUGAUGCUCAGGGCAGGCCAUGGGAUAGGUUGUUAUUUUCUUGUAUACGAAGCAUUGAUUCAACAUGAAAUGAAAAAGGGUAUAGCGAGAGCAGAAUUGCCAGCAUGGAAACUUUGUACCUUUGGUGGAAUUGCAGGUACAGUGUUAUGGAUAAGUAUUUACCCAUUGGACGUUAUUAAAUCUGUGAUACAGACUGAUAGAUUGCAUAACCCUGUAUUCAAGAAUUCUAUGAUUAAGGUUGCUAAAAAUUUAUAUGCUAAAGAAGGUCUCAGUGCAUUUUUUAAAGGGUUUGUACCAACUUUAUUAAGAGCUUCGCCAGCUAAUGCUGCCACUUUUGUUACAUUCGAAUUCGCUUUAAGAAUGAUGGGAUAA